GAAGGAAUUCAAACAAACAGUCAAUCAAAUCAAAAUAAUACCCAAAUCUUCCUUCUCUCGUCCAAUUCUGUUCUUUUUUAACCUUUCCACCUUGACUGUAUAAUAAUUCUGCAAAAAUCGACCUUUUUGGAGGUAUAAGCAAUUUCUUCAUUCUCAUUUCCCUUCCACAUCCGCUUUCAAUCAAAAACAUACGGAAUAGUUCCAGCCAAUCCAAUCCAAACCGCCCCCGCAAAUUUCUACUAUCACAGGCUUAGCCUCUUUAUUCAUCGGCCAUCACGAGCUUGGAUCUCAUUAGAAAUCAUUUAAUCUCAUCUAUCAAAUCCGUCAACUUUGCGACCGGAACUCAUCCCUUUUACUGCUAUAAGACCUUCACCAUCCGUGUGGGCACAUCGGCGCAGUCUGGACGAUAUUGUUUGUGUCGAAUAAUUCAACAUGGCUUCACCGCCGAAACCUUGGGAAAGAGGUGGCGCUGCAGUUAGCACUGCACUUCCAAGCCCUGCCAUGACCUCAACUACUGCUGCUACUUCGGGCAGUUCUGCUGGACCAUCAGUCUUAUCAUCUACACCUGCUAGUACCUCAGGCGCACCAGCCAUACCCGAACGACCAUCUACUCUUACGAACACCGUCAAUCAAAACGCAUCCGCAUACUCACCGUACGGCGCAAAUAGACUAGGGGCAGUAGGGGCUUCCCCGUAUGGUAUGGGAGGCAUGGGAGGCAUGGGAUCCUACUCAUCACCAUACUCAAGAAUGGGAGGAAUGGGUGGAAUGGGGGGCUAUGGUUAUGGUGGCAUGGGAGGAUAUGGGUCUAUGUAUGGCGGAGGCAUGGGCGGGAUGUAUGGAAAUAUGGGAGGGAUGGGUCCAAACGAUCCCAAUAGCUUAACGCAAGGCUUCACGCAGAGCACACAAGCUACUUUCCAAAUAAUCGAAAGUGUAGUUGGUGCAUUUGGAGGAUUUGCUCAAAUGCUUGAGAGCACAUACAUGGCUACACACUCUAGUUUUUUUGCAAUGGUAUCUGUUGCCGAACAAUUCGGAAACUUGCGCAAUAAUCUGGGGUCCAUCUUAGGAAUAUUCACCAUGAUGCGCUGGAUACGCACUCUCUUUGCAAAGAUCACAGGCCGACCGAUGCCUGUAGAUGCCACCUCCUUAACACCUUCAGCAUUCGCCUCUUUCGAAGGCCGCAAAAUCCUGCCAGAUGGUAGUUCUCCACCUCGUCCAUCCAAGAAGCCCUUCCUUUUUUUCAUAGCAGCUGCCUUUGGUCUCCCAUACCUCAUGGGUAAGAUGAUCAAAGCACUCGCCGCCUCUCAAGAAGAGGAGCAAAAACGACUACUUGCAUCAGGUCAACUAAUGGGUCCUGAUGGUCAACCUGUCCCCGCACCACUCGACCCUUCGAAACUCGAUUUCUGCCGCGUCUUAUACGACUUUACUCCAGAAUCCGGUGCAGCAGUUCAAGGUGUAGAUUUGGAAGUCAAGAAAGGAGAUUUAGUGGCAGUGAUUAGCAAGAGUGAUCCCAUGGGCAAUCCAUCAGAAUGGUGGCGAUGUCGUGCUCGCGAUGGUCGCAUGGGAUACCUUCCUGGUGUAUACCUGGAAGUGGCAAGGCGACCCGGUCAACCUAUCGCCGAAAUCAAAAGUGCAAGUCAAAGUGGGAGUCGAACUAGCACUAUGACUAGUUCAAGUAUCGGCAAUGCCAAUCAAGUAAAGGUCCUGGCGGCCCCUCCUGCAGUGGCAGGAAAGGCAGGGGACAUUGGAGUGGAAAGUUUCCAAAAGAGCCAGUUCUAUUCGUAGGCUGCGAGUAUAUCUAAUAAACAGUAGUAGCACUUUCAUGUACUGUUCUAUCUUAGGGCUGGAUGGCGUUUAGCGGGCAUCGUUUCUUUCCCACAUGUUUUAAAAAUGCGACAUCUCAGGGCUUUAAUAGGGCUCAAUAGAGGUUUAAUGAUUUGCUCCUUGUAAUAAGCUGGCUAAGAUCCGUUUGGUUAUGAUUGACGAUACGAUACAAUUCAUUUUUUUCAUAGUCUGUGUAGAUAGUUGUUGGCAUCAGGAGGCGUUUCUAAAAACUUUUCUUCCAAUCUUUGAAUAAGACGACAUGAUUAUCCAUCAAGCAUAUUUUCACAAACAUAUACACACAUACUUCGACUAAGUACAUUGCCCAAUUUGACAUUUCUGAAGAAUUAAUUUUUUCUUUCUUAAAGGACGACUAAAUGUAUCACUCAAUUUGGCA